AUGAAGCUCCUCGACCCAAUCCUAUGGGUAGCAGCAGCCGGCUCAGCUCUGCUGGCCUCGGCUUCCGAAACGGUUGAUCAAUCAACUCUGGCGCUCGAAAACGCAAUCACAGCCGCCUCGAACUCCUCGCUGUUGUGGGGUCCGUAUAGGCCGGGAUUGUAUUUCGGUGUUAGGCCGCGGAUACCGAAAAGUCUUAUGACGGGGUUGAUGUGGGCGAAUGUUGAUGAUUAUGCGCAUUUUAAGGAUUUGAGGCAUUCGGCUGAACAGGGAGAUGAUGUUCGAGGGUUUGGAUGGGUCGAGUACGAUGCCCGUAGUGGUGGACGACAGGUGAUCAACGAUGUGGGGAUGAGCGUCAAGAUCGAGACUGAAUUCGUCAAGGUCGAGGGCGGCGACAAAGGCGGCAACUGGGGUGUCAGAAUCCGCGGUACCCCCAUCGAAGGCGCACCCGAGGACGUGCGCACAACUCUAAUCUUCUACACCGGCCUCGAAGGCCAAGGCCAACUCCACCUCGACUCCGACCUCGAAACCGACGGAAUCGAGGGUACCGUCCUAAUCGGUGGCCGGACCCCCGAUCUCGGUGAUUUCAAAGUCGAGAUCACAGAUGGUCCGAAGACGAAUGUGCAUCCAGUGAUUAACCACGACGCUGCCGCCGAGAAAGAUAUCCAAAAGACGCAAUAUGUCGGUGCGAACUUGAUGGAGGAUACCUUGUGGCGCGCAAAGGAUUUGAUUUUGCAGCAGAUCUCGGCGGCGGUACAGAGUGCGAGUCAGAAGUAUGGAGAGAACGAUAUGCCGCCUCCUGCGCAGAUAUUCACGUUACCGAAUACUGGGGUGGUGAGUGGUAAUUUCCAGGCUGUGCAGAAGACGUUCGAGGGUUCUUUUGAGUUUGAUGUUCUUUAUACCUCGAGGAGUGCGCCGCAGGCUAUGACGUCUGGGGGUUUGGGGGAGAGGAUCGAGGAAAUUAAGACUGCGUUCAGGGCGCGAUUUGACGAAGUCUUUCCCUUGAAGGCACCGUUCGAUAAAGAGGAAUACGUCUCUUUCGCCCGCGAGUUGUUUUCCUCGCUCCUCGGUGGUGUCGGCUACUUCCACGGUACCUCCCUCGUCGACCGCACCCACCACGACGAAGACUCCGAAAACUUCUGGGAAUCCUCCCUCUCCACCCCCCGUUCCCCUCAAGAAGAAGGCCCAACAACCCUCUUCACAGCAACCCCCUCCCGAUGCUUCUUCCCCCGUGGUUUCUACUGGGAUGAAGGGUUCCAUCUCCUCCCGAUUGGAUUGUGGGAUAAUGAUCUUAGCUUGGAGAUCGUCAAGAGUUGGUUUGGACUUGUUGAUGAGGAUGGGUGGGUUGGGAGGGAGCAGAUUUUGGGGAGUGAGGCAAGAAGUCGGGUUCCAGCUGAUUUUGUGGUGCAGGAGACGAGGUAUGCGAAUCCGCCGACGUUGAUGUUGGCUGUGGUUGCGUUUAUCGAAAGAUUGGAUCAACAGGCCAACGUCGGCUCGGAACCCUCUUUCAACUUUCAAGAUGGCAAUGGGAUUGGGUUGAGUGGAGGAGGUAUUGAGAAUGAGAUGCUCUCCUCGGCGCAUAUUGAGCACCCUACGUUGGCGACGACGUACUUGAAUGACCUAUACCCGAUUCUGAAGAGGCAUUAUGAUUGGUUUAGGAGGACGCAGGCUGGCGACAUCAAAGCCUGGGAUCGCGAGGCGUUUUCCAUGAAGGAGGGAUACCGCUGGCGUGGACGGACUCCUGAUCACUGCUUGACGAGUGGAUUGGACGAUUACCCCCGCGCGCGACCUCCUCACACGGGAGAGUUGCAUGUCGAUUUGUUGAGUUGGAUGGGGUUGAUGACAAAGACGUUGAGGGUUGUUGCGGAGAAGGUUGGUGAGGAAGAUGAUGUGGCAGAGUUAAAGAGGGUCGAGGAGGCGAUCAUUCGGAAUAUCGAUGACUUGCAUUGGAAUGAGGAGGAGCAGGCAUACUGCGACGCGACUAUUGAUGAGUAUGAGGAGAGUGUGCAUGUGUGCCACAAGGGCUACAUCUCCCUCUUUCCGAUCCUGUUGGGACUGUUAUCGCCUGAGUCGCCUCAUUUGGGUGCCGUGUUGGAUUUGAUGCGUGAUCCGGAGGAGUUGUGGAGUCCGUGGGGAUUGAGGAGUUUGUCAAAGAAAGAUGAGUACUACGGGCAAGGCGAAAACUACUGGCGUGGACCUAUCUGGAUCCCGAUUCAGUAUCUCGCUCUUUCGAGCUUGUACAAGAACUACAUCAACACGCCCGGUCCGAACCAGGAGAAGGCGAGGGAGAUUUACACGGAGUUGAGACAGAAUGUUGUCGAGAACGUGUUCAACGAGUGGAAGAGGACGGGCAUUGCGUGGGAGCAGUACGAUCGUGAGACUGGAGAAGGAUCGCGUGCGAAGGGCUUCACGGGGUGGACUUCGAUGGUCGUGAUGAUCAUGGCUGAGACGUAUAAAUAA